UCAAACUGGAAAUCCACCAUUUCCUCAUCACUGAACUUAUCAACACUCGGAGCUAUACUUUUAAAAAAUGACAUGGCACGGCUCUCUUCUUCUUUGGUAGCAGCCUUUAUAAAUUCUGCCAUAUUUUUGUCCACCUCGCUAACAUCCUGUUUCUUUUUUUUCGCGAUCGGUGUAUGUUCUACGGGACUUUUUUCCACGUUUGUUGUUUCGGGUAUAUUUGACUCAGUGUCUCGGCGUGUUACAAUUUUUGUCAAAAAUAACAUUUCGUCGUAAAAAUCACAUUUACGAAUCUUCUUAGCACCCGAUCCCGAUUUCAUUUCUUUAAGUCUUCUGUGACAUUUCAUCCACCUAUCUCGCAAACUUGUCCAUUUUUUUGCUGUAGACUUUGCUGAAACAAAAAACGAACUACCGUUAGAAAGUAGGUACCAUCUAUUGCAAGUAGACAUAAACUUCAUAUAAAAAAGGAAAUGACCUCAUUGUAAGAGUAAGAACACACUUGCAAUUAAUCGCACUGCAAGUUGCAAGUGUGUUCUUGCUCUAAGACAUUGUUACAAUUUUUUACAGAUACAUGGCAACUGGAGAUGCCUUCGCACGUCUUCAUUUCGAUUUUCGAAUCGGAAUAAAAACAAUAGCGAACAUUGUACGUGAAGUUACUCAUCAUAUUUGGUCAGAAUUAUCUACAGUUUAUAUGCGGAUGCCAACACAAGAAGAAUGGUUGAAUAUAGCACAAAGAUAUGAAAUAAAUGCCAAUUUUCCACACUGUCUUGGAGCACUGGACGGGAAACAUAUUAGAAUAAUUAAACCCGAAGAAAGUGGAUCAAUGUUUUUAAAUUAUAAACAUUUCUUUUCUAUUGUUCUCAUGGCUAUUGUGGAUUCCAACUACAAUUACAUUUUUAUUGAUGUAGGGUCGUAUGGUAAAGAAUGUGAUUCAAAUGUUUUCAAAGAAACACAGUUUUGGAAAAAACUUGUUGACAAUACGUUAAACAUACCAUCCCCAUGCUCUAUAAUAAAUACUAACUAUAUAUUACCAUAUGUUUUUGUAGCUGAUGAAGCUUUCGCACUUCAUGCUAACGUACUUCGACCCUACGGUGGUAACGAACUCACAAAAGAACAAAAGAUAUUUAAUUAUCGCUUGACAAGGGCAAGAAGAUACGUCGAGUGUGCAUUUGGAAUAAUGGCCAACAAAUGGAGAAUUCUGCACCGAUCUUUAAACUUAAGUCUCGAUUUAACAGUUGCUAUUGUAAAAACUACUUGCGUUUUGCAAAAUUUUAUUCAUACAGAAGAAGGUCACGUUGAGCCUUUAAUCAAUCGAGACCGAUUAAAUAGUCCAUUGCAUUUAGAAGGCAAUAAUCUCACAGCAGACGAAAUUCGUCAAAAAUAUACUGAAUAUUUUUCCUCUGAUGAAGGAUCACUGCCAUGGCAAGAUAAAUACACAUAAAAAAUAAGUUCUAAAACUAAAACCCGACUACUAAAUUUUAAUCCAAAAAGUGUGAAACAAGGAAUUAUUCUUACCUGCCAUAUUGUUUAAAUAAACAAUUACAUGUUAUAUUUUUUUUCAUGUUUAUACGUAUUUUAUUAUAAGUAUUAGUCAUUAUCGUUUUUAGCAAAGCCGUGUCCGUAUGCUACUUAGCGCUAUUGAACUUAUGAUUGCUUGCAACUUAAAUCUUUUAUUGUAGAUGUAUUUAAUGUGGGUAACGACAAUGAUUAAUAUUUAUAAUAAUAUAUAGCUAUAUAGAAUAUAUCUAGUAAUCUGAAUUUUUGAAAAUUGUAAAAAGAUAGUAAUAUGUUGUAAGUACUUACCAUAUUCAUUUUUUUUGACAUUUGUCAUUUCGUCGAAGUCUUUGUUUAAGAUAGUAAAUAUUUCUCUCCAUGCUUCGUAUGUGAGUCUUUUAUCUUUAUAUAUGUCUAAAGUUUUGUCCCACAAUACCGGUCGUCCUUCUACUAAAGUUAUAAGUAACUCAUCAGCCAUUUUGUACUCUACGCUGCAAUACACGUCCACACCAAACGCACAACGCACAACAAAAACUGGGCUGGCUCAACCCUACUACACCGCCCCCCCGCCGCUCCGCAACAACGUUCGCCGCGUCGUGUCUUGCGCAGACAAGAUUUUUUUCGUGCACCGCUGCGAGCAGUGUACACAGUUAUUUUCUAGUUACGACACGAAUUCUUAGGUACGCCCGGCGUUUUUUCUUAGCGUGUACAAG